AUGGAAGCCACCAAGAAGGUGGGGGGCCCUGAUCCAUCGGGCCUCCAGGGCCAUCCCCUGUGUGGCAGUCAGCAGUCAAAGGGUGGCUUCAGAGGGUCCCAGGGACCAUGGAUGAGCUCAAGAUCCCUAUACUCGAAGCAGGGUUUAUCACUGUCCACCGGGGCCAUCGCUGAUGUGGGCUGCAGCUCAACCCCCCAGGCUCCCCUCCCUCAGCCUAUUCACCCACUACACCAGGAUUCUGCUCAGGUCAGUAAUUACACACAGGGCUCUCAGGACACCCUGAGAUUAUCCUCUUCUAACUCAUUUCCAAACCCUGCUGUGGGAACCCAAGAGCAUCUCCUCAUAGACGAUGGGACUCAGACUCUACCACUGUGCACUCACAACGACAGCACUGACGACAAAACCCAGUAUGGCUUCAACCUCUCCCAGAUUCAGUUACAGCCUGGGAGGGAGAGCAAAGCUCCAGCUAAAGUUCUGGUAGGCUGGGGCAAAGGAAUCUGUAACAUUAGCCAGAUGCUCCCUGUAGAUCCCAGGAAGAAUCGAUGCCUACCCUACCUCUUGGGAGAGAGUGGUGCAGUUGAAGGUCAAGAUCCUUUGCAGACUCUGGCUCAGGCUCCAGUCCAAGUUCAGGGGCAGGACAAGGGUCCAGGUCUGGCUCAGGCUCCUACCCUAAAUAAGACGGCUUCUUCACCAUCAUUGUCUCUUCCAUCUUCAAUUCAGGCUUCUGCUCCAGCUGUCACUGCAACCCCAGCACCUGCAGCAGCUGCAGUUGAACCUUAUACCUCUAGUCCUGACCACCUGACUGUGACCACUAAAGACCUGCCUCUCGAUCUCAAGAACCAAUUGUCCAUUCUCUUAGACAAAGUGUCCUUUCCUCUUAAGAAGACUCCUUCCACUCCAGCACCUACUCCAGCAGAGUUUCCAGCCCACACCAAAGAGCAAGAGGUUGCCAAGAUGCAGGUACCACCCAAACAAUCUGAGGACCCUGUAAAGAAAUCUCCAAUUCACACCUCCAGGCUAGAUACCUCAUCACCAGCCUCAGAGUCUCUUGAUGCUCUCAAGACACAGAGAAGUAGCCACAAGAUUUGCAGUUCUCAGCCAGACAUGCAGCCCCCCAAAGCCUGCAGCAACAACAACUGCUCCAAUGUGCCACUGCCUGCCUAUCAAGGGACCUGCAAAAUGCAGUCCCCACCGCAGACUCCCAGAGAAGCCAUGCAGAUUCCCAUUUCUAGUGCUCCAACCUGCCAGCUCCAGGGUGCUGAAGAAGAUCAUGUGCUGGUAUUUGAUAUGGCCACAGGCAACACGAGGAUGGGGCUGCUAUGCCACGAUCCCACAGGCUCACGGGCAGUGCUUGUAGGUCUCACGCCCAACCACCCAUCGACUCACAUCUCUGAAAAUAUGCUGUCUGCUCGGACAUUGCCCAGGCCCAUUCUCUCCCCUAACAGUGAUCAUCCCAUCAUGUGGUCCACCACAGCCGUGCUAUCUAGCCCUGUGCCCUCAAGCCUCUCAGCGGGAAGCUACCGAGAGGUAGCCCUGGCUUCCAAGGAGGCCAGACACAACCUAGAGGUGCAAAAUUCCUCUGGCCCUGAAACCCCUAUCAGGAUUGGGAUGCUGGCUAGACCUGUUGUACCGGGCACACCCAACCAAUAUUGUGAAAAGAUACCAGCCCAAGUUCCUGAUCCUAGCUUGUCCAAAUCUGAGGCUGAAAAGAUUGACCCUGGCCGCACCAUCUGGAUGUUGGAUUCUCCCAGGAUGCAAGAUAGCUCCACAGUCCAGACUAGAAAAUUAGAGUGGAUAAAGCCAGAUACUGCUUCAACAGCCAAUAUCCAGACAGUGCUCAGAUCUCCACUCCAGGAGAAAGUAGGCAGCAAUAACCAGGAAGAGGUUAAUUCUGCUCAGCCUAGUGGCCCUCAGGCUGAAGAUACUGGUCAGAGUUUCCUCACUGGGCAAAACCUCCAGGCUAGACAGCUACCUGUAGCUGAGCAGGGCUCCCUAUCUGGUCAGCUCCCCUCUGUCAAACAACAUCCCCUUUCUAGUCCAUCUCAUCUUGGUGAGCAGACUCCUCUUUCCCUCACCAGACAGGUAUCCCUCGCAGUGAAGUCCUCCACCACCAAAGAGCCCACCUUUACCUCUGGGGAGUCUGUCCAGCCCUCCACCCAGGGUAAUCCUACACACGUGGGAAUUCUCCGAGUACCCUUGGUAUCUGAGGAGGCCUGCAUUUAUGGGAAGAGAGAUAAAGUUGGAAACAGCAGUGCCCAAAGAUCCAGCAUACAUCCGCUCCCAUCCUGGCAACCGGCCGACUCCCACAGGGCCUACCAGGAACAACUGUCCCUGAUGACUUUUACAGGUUGUAAGGACUUGCCCAUAUCCAUGGUGGGUACUGAGUCCCAGAGUGGACAUCUGUUCAAGCUGUCAGCUGAGGACAUGACAUGCUCACCAGAGGUUGCGCAUCUGGGUCUUCUCCAAGGGAACUGCUAUGAGCUAGUAUCUGCUAUGGAUGCUCUACAGGUACAGUCACCGGUGCUUUGCCACCACUCACCCAGUCCCUAUCAGAACAUGGCAGCCAUAGUGAUUGAUACAGGCACAGGAUUUACCAAAUGCGGACUAGCUGGAGAGGACCAUGUCCUCAGUGUGGUCCCCUCGCAAGUGCAGAUGCUGCAGCAUCCAUCCCAGGGCCAGCCCCAGUAUGUGGUACCUGAACACCAAGAGGGCUCCUACUCUGUACUGAACCGAGGAGUGGUCUCUGACUGGGAUGCUCUAGAGGUGCUGUGGCAACACCUGUUCUACUGCAAGCUCCGGGUGCAGCCUGAGGAGAUGGCUGUGCUGGUGGCUGACUCCCCCAUCUCACCACGUACCAACAGAGAAAAGGUGGCCGAAAUACUCUUUGAGCGUUUCCAUGUGCCGGCUAUGCAGACAGUUCAUCAGGCUCUACUGACACUCUACGCUUAUGGGCGUACCACUGGGCUGGUGGUGGGGAGCGGCCAUGGGACCUCCUAUGUGGCACCCAUCCUCACUGGGGACCUGGCUCCACUUGACACCUACCGGCUAGAUGUGGCUGGUUCUGAUCUCACUGAUUACCUGGCUCAGCUGCUCCUGGCAGGUGGCCACCCACCACCCAAAGCAGGACUUGUCAGACAGAUUAAAGAGGCCUGCUGUUAUGUGGCUAUGGAUAUGACCUCUGAGAUGGCCCGAAAUCAGUCCCAGACUCAGGUGGAGCUUGUACUCCCAGAUAAGCAAGUUAUCACACUGGGGUCUGAGCGCUUCUGUUGCCCCGAGGCUCUCUUUCAACCCAAUCUGCUAGGUCUCAACCAGCCAGGCCUCCCACAGCUGGCCCUGCUAAGUAUUAGUCGGCUGGAGGCCAAGCAGCAGGAACAGCUGCUGGCCAAUGUGGUUCUGGAAGGUGGUAGCACCCUGGUCAAUGGUUUCCCUGAGCGCCUGAGACAGGAGCUGGGCCCUGGUGCCACUGUGCUGGGUUCUCCCCACCGUGCAGUUGCUGCGUGGCUUGGGGGUUCCAUUAUGGCAUGUCGGGACUCCUUCCAAAACCUGUGGCUCAGCCGCAGGCAAUAUGAAGAGGAAGGCCCAUGGGCUAUCUACAAAUAUCAGCUGUGA